CCCGGACUCUCAUAAACAUCUUUAAAACUGUCCCGAAAUGCCGAUAUGGAGGCAGAAUGGAGACUGGACCAUGAACUGGACGGAGGUACCGUCGGUCUGUAAAGAUGUUGCUGCCUCUCUGAUUCAGCUGCUGUGACUGUGGUGUUCUGCUGAAUACUAAAAUAGACUGUGGUCUAACACAACAGCUCUCCUAAGGAAACACACAGACCCAGUCAGAGCUUCCAAAGCUCCUCAUCACCACAGCCCCUUUGGGGUUGCUAUGGCAGCUGCUGUCACAGAAACCAAGUGCUGGACACACGCUUGCCUGAGUGAGGCAGGACAUACCACUAGACAGUACGGCAAGAUACAGUCAACAAACAGCACUUCACAUUAAUUAUAGCACUCUUAAGUUAACUAUACAGCCAUAGAUCAAUACGCUGAUGGUCAGCUCUCUGGAGAAUCCUCAUGAGUCUGGUCUGUGUCUGCUCAGGCUCUUGGCCAGAGUCCCUGUGCAGCAGCAGAGCCAGCACUGUUUCUUCUGAUAGACCAUGUUCCACCAACAGGACCAUCUGAAGAGCCAGCUGCAGGAAAGCCACCCAACUAACAGGCAGCUCUUCCACUGCCAGGAGUGUGGGAAGCAAUACAACACCCAGCUGGGAUACAGACGCCACCUGGUGGCAGCACACAGUGCUACAGCAGGCCUGCCCUGCACAGAGGGGGCCCCAUCCUUGCUAGAGCACUUGGGCGGCCACAUUGAUAGACCUCCACCAUCAGAGGGCAACACUAAUGCUACUCUGCCCGUGAGAGAAAGGAAGUACUCAUGUGAGCGAUGCGACCGCCGUUUUUACACUCGUAAGGAUGUACGGCGCCAUGCUGUGGUGCACACUGGACGGCGUGAUUUCCUUUGCCCCCGCUGUGCACAGCGCUUUGGUCGCAGAGAUCACCUGACCCGUCACUUAAAGAAGAGUCAUGCCCAGGAGACAGGAACACCCAGCACUCCUGUGGCUACACCCACCCCUCCCAACCAGUGCCCAGUGAAGGAGGAGCCCAACCCUGUGACCUCUGAGAUGGGCUCUGUUUCCAAAGAGGGCAUGGACACUUUCUCCAGGGAUAUGUACAACUCCUACUCGUUGGCCAAUCCUGUUCCCGGGAUGGGUCAUCCUCACAGCCUUGUGCAGGGAACCUUGUCCUCAAGCAUGGGUGUUGGUCGCCACAUGCCCCCUCCAUCCUCUCACCCACACCACCACCACCUGCAACCACCAGCGGCCCCACAGCAGCAGCCCUACGGCAACAUGUCCAGGUACCAGCACGGAUCUACCUCAUAUCCUCGCACCGACGUGGACAGUUUCCUGCUGGACUUGCAGAGUGCCCCCCCACCUCACCUGAGUGCAGUCAACUCUUCUACCUCUAUUUCUGCCUCCCCUCAGAGGGAGGUGCUGGGUGAAGGGGUGGGUGCUAGCAGUGACCCCCACCUUCUGUCCAGGAGCCCUGCUGUCUCCUCAACCGAGCUGUCCUGCACCACUAACAUGGACCUCGGGUCCCUACUGGGCUUCUUGCCAUUCAGCCUGCCGGCCUAUAGUCCUCACAUGGGGAUGGGAGGGUUAAUGAUGAGCUAUCCACCAACCACCACCUCCACCCCAUCUCCAUCCUCCUCUUCAACUGGGCUGUCCUCCCAGGCUCCAGGGCCUUUCACCUUCUUCCAGCCCCCCCAGGCACAUGUACCCCAGGGUCCUGCAGCCCACAACCACAGCCAGCUACCUCAGGCAUACAGCAGUCCUGCUAUGAGCACUUCUAGCUCCCUACCUCACUAUUACCAGGCCUUUCAGCAGUAAGCAGCUCUGUCCCCACAAAAUUUGUUGCCUUCACAUGCUCAUGGGUAUUUGAUGAAAAUGGUCAAACAUUUGAAAGGUAUCUUUUAUUAUAAAACUUUCUUUUUGUUGUUGAACACAACAAAUCACCUCAUCAGUAUUACCUCAUUAUUUAAAAAGGAAGCUUGAACAAUUGACGAAAUGUAGUUGAUCUCACCAAAAAAGAGUAGCCUACUAUUUCUUUACCUGUUACCAACCCUGGAUGCACUUAACACAUUUGUCACAAGUCAUCCAGUUUUAGGUCAUCAAGGAAAAUUACGGAAAAUACAGUGUUGGGAAAUAUUUUUUUAUCCAGUUAUGUAUUGUGUGUAAGGCAGUGUCACUUGCCUUACUGAAGGUUACUUUAGAUUUUCUCAUUUGAGAGUAUUUGUUAGGGUUAGCCUUAGAGGAGAAAAGUUGGUUUAAGAUGUACAGAUUACAUUAC